AUGGUGCCGAAGGUUGGUGUUGUUGUUGUUGCUGGUGCUGCUGCUGAUGCUGCUGCUGUUGAUGCUGCUGUUGCUGCUGUUGUUGUUGCUGCUGCUGCUGCUGCUGUUGUUGAUGCUGCUGUUGUUGCUGCUGCUGUUGCUGUUGCUGCUGUUGCUGCUGCUGCUGCAAAUGUUGGUGUUGCGACGAAUACUGUUGUUGCUGCUGAGGUUGGUGCUGGUGAGUCAUCUGAUGUGGCUGCGACCGACUUUGGCUCAAGUGCUGCGAGUGAUGCUGUUGCUGCUGAUGGCUAUGGGACUGGGCUUGUUGUUGCUGCUGCUGCUGUUGCUGCUGCUGUUGCUGUUGCUGUGGGUGAGGCUGGUGAACUUGAUGACCUUGAUGUCCCGGGUGUCCCUGGUGGCUAG